AGGCCUUUCUGGAAGUCCGGUGGCUGUACUCGCACUGGAGGAGGCUCGCUGACCUUUCAAAACACUCUUGCAGAGGCAGAGCUCAGGGCCUCUCCAUCACAGAAGACAGAGGGUAGAAGGAGCCUUGCUGCAGAGGUGGGAGAGCAGAGUUCAAAUUCCGUGGCUUGAGGUAUCUUAAAGAUGGAGUCUCACAAAGAAGCUCAGCCUAAAGGAGAGUUCAAAUGUCAGUUAUGUGGCUUAACAGCUCCAUAUACCUACUAUGGGCAGAAGCCACCAAACACACGCUCUAUUGUGCUUUUGGAAGAAAGCUAUGUCAUGAAGGAUCCUUUCACCCCUGAAAAGGACAAAUUCCUCAUCCUUGGGUCUCAGUGCAGUUUGUGUAGCAGAUCAGUGUGUGUCGGUACGGAGUGUAGCCUGUUUUACUCCAAAAGGUUUUGUCUCCCCUGUGUGAAUGACAACCUGAAGGGUUUUCCUUUGGAAAUACAAGACGAUAUGGAUAAAAGGAAGACCCAAGCAAAAUCCUUCCCCUCUAAAAAAAUGGAUGCAAGGACUUAAAAUACUGAGGACCAAGACAGUGUUUUGGCUGGGGUUUCGCCUCUCCUUUUCCAGACUAUCAUGUUGCUCCUGUUAAAGAAGCGACCUUCAUCAGCUCGCUACUACAGAAAACAGUAACACAUUUCCUUACGUUUGGCUUGGCUUCAAGCAUCAUCAUGCAGCAGUUGCAGUGCCAGCAGUAUGGCCUUAAGGUGUUGAAAAGCCAGAAAGAAAGGCAGACAAGUCUGUUGUCACCACAUUAAACACAUGUAGUAAAAAAAUCAAACAGCUUAAAGCAUAGGAAAUGCAUCCAAAUUUCACAUUUGUUUAAUAAUGUUUUGCAUUGUUCUUGACGCUCCUACAGUGUUAGGAAAAGCAGAGACAGAUUUAUCUGGCUUCAUUCAGCACAUGUCCACAGAAGUCAGUAUACACCAUUGUUAACCAGAGAGUGUGGUCUAAAUAAGAUUACAGUAAGCAAGGAACUCAGUUUUAUUUUUUCAAUGUAAAAUAAGCCUGUCACAAGAAAAUGUCAUAGAUACCCUUAGAAAUGUCUAGAUUUUUGAAGGUCAUAAUCUCAGUACUAGCACCCUUUUAAGACUUCUGAAGGUAAGUGUUUUUAUAAUGAAAUGCCAGCUGAUACUUACAAGUGCGCAAUCACUUUCCACUCAGACUUCUAGUCCAUGCCAGGAUAGAAUGGGAGUGGUUAGGGACCUUUAUUACAUCUACUUUAGGCUUUGCAAGUGAAAAUGACUUCCUUUUCACUUUCACAUCAGAUAAUCUGGAAAUAGAAAAAUUCAGCUAAUAAGCUCAACUCUUUCCUGCAGUGUGCAAUUAAACUGCAACAAGAGUAGGGAUCCAAGAAACACAGUUUUGGUUGCAAAGGGGUUAAAAGAUGUUAAGGAAAAAGCGAUUGGUUAGCUCAAAUAUUAGCUUCAUGAUUAUGUAUGUUGACUUUAUCUUAGUUACAAGGAAGAGUUGUAGGGGAUCUGUGUAACAUGACUUAGUCACACACUUUUAAGGCUAUAUCUGCAAUGGUCUCUAAUCACCAGCUCGCAUCAUUUAGUCGAGCAUGUGUUGGUCAUUGGUUGAGACCGUGUUAAUGCCUUGGUUAAUAUCUCCUGUUUUCUCAGCUCUUCUCUCUAUAUGAGUUAUCAUAUGUUAACUUGUGAAGUUAAUGAUUUCAGCAGAGUGACUGUUUGUUAAAAGAAACCAACAUAACUUCAGUGAGUUAUUUAGGGCAAGAAUAAAUCUUUCAUUUUCUUUUUAUCAGACCCAGCAGAGUGGUGGUUUCAGUUGAUGACUGGGAGGUCUAGCAGUUACUAGAAGAGCAAUAAUGAACCUGUUAGUGCCCGUCUCAAUCUCUUAAAUGUUUGAGGACAGACAAUAUAUAUGUGGCCUAAUUGUCUUAAAAAAAAAAAAAAUCAAACUUAGGAUUUCAGAUUUCUUUCUGCAGUAACAAAGGUUUUCCC